UUGGAGUCCCUGGAAGUGGGUGUGAUCGCGAUAACCAGAGUUUCCUGAGUGGAGCCGGCCGGCAAAAGAGAAAGGUCUGCAAAGAGCAGCAACUGAAGAUUUGAUUUGGGCCAUUGACUAAAGUUAUUCACCCGUAUUUUACUUCAACGCAGCGAUUUGUUUUACGCUCUCGACAGGAGGAGAAAUGGAGCGUCCUCCUCCAAAAUCCACCUGUGUUAAACUCUAUCUGUGCUCCAACCCAGAGGAUAGCAUGGUGGAGCGCAGAGCUCUGAGAGAGCGUGUUUUCCCCCAACUCAGAGAGCACUGCAGAAAAACCCUGGGGCUGGAUGUCAGGGUAAUAGACCCAUUUGAGUCCAUUGAUCCAUGUCAUUGGCCAGAUGAAUACACCAGAAAGCAGCUGAUAAAAGAAUGCAGAAAAAGCUCUGCGGGACCUUUUUUGCUGGCCCUGGUAGGACACCAGUACGGCGCAGGCAGCCUGCCCCCCCGGGUGGAGGUGUCAGAGUACCAGCUGCUGCUGCAGGAGAGCCAGCGAGCGGGCGUCAGCACCCUGGAGCUGGAGAGACGGUACCAGAGGGACGAGAACACCGUCCCUCCCUCCUACUGCCUGAGAGCUCGAAACCCGGCAGCGGUUGAAGAGGAAGAGGCGAGGAGAAUGAAGGCUGAAGAAGAGGAGUUGAGGAAGCAGUUCCAGACCGCCGUGACGCGUUGUGUCCACAGCGGUGUUCUGAGCCCAGAGAGAGCUCGGGGCUUCUCCCGAUCCGCCCUCGACGCAGAUAUGAGAUUUGCUUUGGACAACCGUCCUCGUGAUGACGUCACCGGACGCUGCCUGGUGUACGUCCACAGGGUCGUCGGCGCAGAAGGAGGGUCAGAGGAGAGACGGAUGAAGUCACAACCUCAGCCGCAGGAAGAGGCCGCUACGUUUGACCCAAGGACAACGGCCGUUGAGUCACAGUUAUUGUCGGAGCUUUGUGACAACUUCCUCCCUGGGCUCAUCACUUCCUCUCAGCUUCUAGUCUACACCACCACCUCAAAGUGUGACUGUCGCCAUGGUUACACCAAAGCCCGGAGGCGAGGCUAUGCCGAGUCUUUAUGCCAGCAGGUCUACUCUGACCUUGUGGUGUUGAUUGACAGCUGGAGCAUCUCAGAUGUCCCUCAGCCCGGUGACGCCCUGGCCAGAGAGCAGGCAGAGCAGGAGGAGCUGUGUGACACCUUGUCCCGACUUUAUGACGUCAUGAGGCCAGAGGAGGAAAAGGUCAGAGCCUUUGUGGAGCAGAGUGGACAACAGCGCCCACUUGUGGUGACAGGAGGACCGUGCACAGGGAAGACGGUUCUGCUUGCACACUGCGCUCGACAGAUGAGAUCAUGGCUACCAAACUGUGAUCCUGUGGUGAUCACGUAUUUUUGCAACCUGUCAAUCAACCCUACGCCGACGCACCUGCUGUCGUGCCUUUGUUACCAAAUUUGCGUUCGAUAUCACAGCGAAUCCUCCUCUGAACAGAGUACCAGCCACAUGGACAACCUCAACCGGUUCACUCACCUCCGGGACUUGAAUCCCGACUGUCACUCCGCAUCCAGCAUUCGUUUGUCCGGGCUAAAAGAGCGUCUCGCGUCCCUCCUCGCCUCCAUGCCCUCGGCCCAACGACCUCUAGUUCUAAUCCUCGACGGCCUGGCUCACAUGGAAAACAACGCGGGCCCUCAGAUGGCGGAGAGCCUCCCGUCUCCCCUCCCUCCCAGCGUCAGACUCGUCCUCUCGGUGUCCUCCAACCUCCUGCGAGCCAUCGAGCCACCGCGGAGCCCCCCCCGGUGUGCGUCAGAGGGCGGGGAGGGGUCGGGCUACGCGUGCGUUCAGCUGGAGCCGGUGGACAGGAGGCAGUGCGUGAAGAUGUUGGCGUCGCUGCUGAGCGGCUCCGGGAGGAGGGUGACAUCGGGACAACAGGCGCUGGUGAACCGGGCCCUGACCUCCUGUCGUCUGACUCUCUACGCUCGACUCCUGCACCUACACGCGUCGCUGUGGCGCUCUGAUUCAGAUGUGACCGAGGCGUCUCUCCCUGCGGGCGUCCACUCGUCCAUUUCCGCGCUGCUCGAUCACCUCGAGCGGAAACACGGCUCCUCCGUCGCCUCUCGCGCCGUCUCCUACCUCACCCUCUCUCGGACGGGGCUCACCGAGGCCGAGCUCGCCGACCUGCUGUCCGCCGACCCCGGAGUCCCGUGGAUCCCGCAGGUCGCCGUGGAGACCCUCUUGUUGGAUCUGAGGAGGUUCCUCAUCAGGAGGACGGUGGCAGGGUCACUCGUUUUGUUCUGGGUGAGCAGGCAUUUCAAGCUGGUGGUGGCUAAGAGGUGUUUGGCCACCCGCGAGGCCAGGAGGCAGCUGCACUCGGCCAUGGCGGACUACUUCGGUGGCCGGUUGUCCGCGCAGCCGCAGCGCGUGGGAGCCAACAGCCAGCUGUUUGUCUUCUCCUCUUCUGGCCGGGAGAACUCGAGGAAGGUCCUAGAACUGCCGCGUCACCUGCGAGAAAGCGACCGAUGCGGGGAGCUGGAGCGUGGGCUGCUGAUGUCUUUGGGGUUCCACCAGGCAAUGGUUCGAGCAGGACUCCUGGGAGAGCUGGUAGCCAUGUUGGAGAGAGAGGAGGGGUCAUCCCACUUUGUCUUUUUGAAGGAACGAGCCCUCCUGGCAGGCAUACUGAAGUCCUGCGCUUGCUUUCUGCAGAACUCACCCCUGCACCUGCCCUCUGUGAUGGAGACAAACCUCCUGCCUUAUCUGGACGUCUUUCCUGGGCUCGAAGGUUAUGCCAGUGAGAUCGGACAAGAGAGGAGGAGGAGGAGAAGCGGAUUGGGAGUGUUGCUCUGCCCGGCUCAGUUAACCGUCCCCUCCAUCGGGUGUCUAACAUUUGACGCCGAAACCGAGGACGUCUCGGCCAGAGAAGCCGCUGGGACAGAGUCGGGGAUUGUAGCGGAGGUCCUGGACGAUGGCACGGCUUGGGUUUGGAAAGGCCUCGGGUGUGACGUGGUCAGGCUGUCACUGAGCUCCGAGCAGAAGGAGCUGGCAUUUACUGGCAUCAAAAGCAGCGGCCAUUUCAUAUUGUUUUCCACGCAAUGCGGCGAGCUCCUCCUGUGGGACGCGACGGGCCCAGAAACGUUCCUGCGGGUCGCGACCGAGUCGAGCCGGAACGCGGCAAGCCGAGUCGAGGGGUUCGUUGCAUCUGAGAAAAGCGUUUUCGUGUGGUGGAAAGGGGAGAGUUUCGUGAGCGCGUUCGAUGUCUCCGGUGAGACCGCGACACAUCUCCAGUGUCGGAGCGCCGUGACCUGCUUGGCCUGCUCCUCCGGUGGCGCUUACGUGUACUGCGGGCAGGAGGAAGGCACGGUGUCCAUAUUUGACAGCGGCGGCGGCUUCCUGGGCGCUUGCUCGAGCUCAAACCUCAACGCGAUUAAGUCAAUAAUCCUGCGUGGCGAUCAGUGGGAAAUGACCUGCGUGGACAGGGCGGGAGGUGUGAGCCUAUGGGAUGUGGCGUCCAAACGGAACCCACCCAGACUUGUCGCAGAAAGCUCCGUUGGGGGGGAAUCGAACGACGUCCUCAAUAUCGACUACUCACGCGGCGUUGGCACCUUGUUGAUGUGUCAAUCCCACCAGGUCGUGCUGUGGGACACGUGUGACUGGGAGCUGUGGGACCAGUUCCUCGCUCCGCCGGGGAAGACCUUCGCUCAAGCUCUGCUCUCCCGAGGUGGCCGCCUUUUCCUGGCGUUGUUGGACGCCUGUCCCUUCGUCCUGGUGUGGAGGGUCAGCACGGGACAGUGUGUUCUCUCCUUGGAAACCAACCGGCCGCCCCGCACGCUCCUCGCCGCGCCCCCGCGCGGCGGCUGCGUCGUCGCUGUCGACGGCGGCGGCCGGGCGACGGCGUGGGACCUCGAGAUGAUCGACGCCGCGGGCGCGGCCCCGAAGAUGCGCCUCGGAGUGAGAGAGGUCGCGGUUGAGCGGGCGGGGAAGUGCUUCUACACCUCCGACGGGUCGCGCGCCGUGUGGAGAUGGAGAUCGGACACCGGGCUCCCGCACGCCAGCUUCCUACACCACGGAGCCGUGGAGAAACUCCGUCUCUCCCCGGACGGCGUUCACCUGGUGACGCUCUCGGCGGGGGACAUUUACGUCUGGCGGACAGGCGGCGGCCAGAACAUCCUGCGCGUGAGCGGCAGCGCGGCGACGGACGUCCUGAUCGCCCCCAACGGCAACUUCGGGGUCAGCGUGUCCGAGCGAGGGACGUCCCGCGUCUGGAAGCUGGCGCGCGGGAGCGUGGUGUGCAGCAUACACCUGUACCUGUCCGACGCCCAGGUGUCGCCGGCGAGCACCUUCCUCAUCGGCCGUCGCCGCGGAGACCUGUUGGCCGCCAGUCUGUGGUCGGGCUCCAUCAGCAAGCGCUUCUCCCGCGCCGAGGGCUCGGAGCGCGUGGUCGCCUUCCACUCGCUCUCGGGGCACCCGGACUUCGUGGUGGUGAUGGGCGCCUCGGGGGCCGUGUACACCUGGAACGUGUCGGAGGAGACGCUGUACAAGCACUUCCGGCUGCCGUGCGGGUUCCGCUGUCAGCCGCGAGACUUCCAGGCGUCCUGGGACGGGAGCCACGCCCUGCUGUCCGCCGAGAACGAGGCCGUCCACCUCCUGGACUUAUCCCGGGUCAGACUGUGCUCAUUCAAGGCCGGCGGGCCAGUCAUUAAAGUCCAUUUGGACAAAACCGGACGCUACGUUGCCUUCGCGUACCGCGUCACCGCCCGCGCGAAAAACUGCGCCCGCUGCCCGCGGGCGGAGGCCGUCCUCGCCGUUGUCCGACUGGCGGACGGGGAGAGGGUGGGAAGUGUGCGUCUGGCCAACAGCCCGUCGGCUCUGGUGGUGUGUGAGCGGCGGCGCGUGUUUGUGGGAUUCGAGGACGGCUCUGUAGGCGUCUAUUCUAUUUUAGACGUCGUGUCCGGCGGGGAAGAGUCGCUCGGGCGCAGCGAGAAGGCGAGGGGUCGGUCAAAGCGCAGCGCCUUCGACGGAAUACCCAGUUGCUUAGCACUAGCAAGCGCCAAUAUAACGUGGCUUUAAAUGGGAUGGCACGUGAAAGGGAUUUAUGUGUAAACAUCAUGCUUCAUAGUGACAUGUAAACAAAAAAAUACUGCAUGAAUCUUUGUUUACACUUCUGGAGAAGUUUGUUUUCGGUUUCAGGCAUUUUGUGGUCCGUUAGCAUUUGAUAAUCAAGAGUUAGAAAAUGUUGCCUUGUUCUGCAAUUCAAAGUCAGAGACCAAGCAGGAUGUGCCAGCAAGUCAGAGACAGGCUGAGAGACAUGAUUUAAAAGUUGGGACCUGCACGGACCAACAGAAGUUUCUCUGUGUGUAUUGAUAAGGGGAAAGGUUUUCUGUCCUGACUAAAGAAGCAAGGUCAGCGGGUCAACCAGCAGAUGUGCAAGAUUAGGGGGUUUAAAAUUCACACCACACCAACAUCCACACUUUUUUCAUUGUUUACGUUAAGCAAGGUGGUCUGGACAUUGAAUGUGACCGGAUGCGGGAGGUGGAUCCUCCCAUACGCCAGCUUAGGCAAUAGAAAGCUUUUCUUUGUCUUUCGGGUUAUGAAACAUGAUGUUCUUGCUGAUGUUAGUUAGUGUGUUCUUCCGGCCUGUGGGCCGGCAGGAUUGCGCCUGCCUUUGCAAAUGCAGCGCUUAUACUUGACCUGUGAUCUGAUGAAUAAAUCUACCAGAACGAGAGAAGUUGUUUAGCUGUAUUCUUCCAGACGUCCCCAUCCAGGCUUCCAAUUUUUGAACACGUGCCUCUGAUGCGUUCGUUCGCUCCUUCUCUUUUUAAAUUAUCUAACACAUUUCAUACAUUCUUGGUCAUUAGUGGACUGAGCAGCUAUUUCAGUAGAAAUCCUCCUUGAGUUUGACACCUAUGGACUAGAUGAUGGAAAAGCAUUUCAGUUUCAUUUCUGUGAAAGCAAAACCAAUACCUGUCUUAUUAUCCUUUGUAUGUAUUAAACACUAAUAACAUUGAUCUGCUGGCUUCAAAUGUUGUUUAAAAAAUAUCAUUAAUUUUAAUUCAUGUCCAGAAAAAAUUGUGCAUUCACUUUGAGUCUGAGUUUAAAUCUUUGAUAAUUUGUUUUUGAAGUUCUUUGGCUUAUGCUGCCUUCCCGGUUUCAUAAUAAAAUAGUAAUUUAGGGCACUUCUUUCGUAAAUCCUGUUGUGUCCUAUUACUUGCCUUUGGUCGAGAGUACGUUAAUAACUAUAAUUAAAUACAAAGUUAUUUAUCACUAUAUCCAGAGACAAUGACUCUGUAUGCUAGC